GUUUGCCCUGUGUUUUACGCCGAAGUAAAAUACCGAACGCUAAGUUGCAAUGUUUGAACACGCGUGUUGUUCUCACGUAUCUGUCUAUUUAUAUCGAACGAAACAAACCGCACUUCGGUAAAGAAGAUUCACUAGAGGAACUAACUGUUCAAGAUGAAGCAAUUGUUGGUUAUCUGCCUUUUGAUUGAAAUAUGUGUAGCAAGCGACUUAGCAUGCACACGCAAUGGUGGGACGUGUUUAGAUUAUCGUUACUACUUAUGCACUGCUGGUUAUGAACAAGGGUUAUGUGACGGGGAUUCGAACAGGAAGUGCUGCCAAGAAUGCGAUAAUACUUGCAUCUCAAACGAGAAUAGUUAUGCUUCAUGCUGUGACUCACAAUGCACUCAAAGUGGUGGGAAAUGUCAAGAUAAUUCAAACUACUGUAGUGGUUCUUAUUCAUCUGGAAAGUGUGGAGGGCCUUCAUCAAGGCAGUGUUGCAGUGGGGCAAGUUCAGGUGGGGCCUUCGGUUGCUAUGGCAACAUCUACAAUACCGACACCACUGGUGCUUCAUGCACCACGUCGAGUCAAGAUAACUUAGGAUAUUGCGGCAUAUCAGCGUCUCGUCAAUUGGCCGCUACAGAUCUUAACAGGAUGUCCCAAUACAAAGACGAGAUUGGGCAAGCCGGUUACCAACUUUGUAUGGACGCUGCUAUUAUUGCAGGUAUCAUCAGUCGUGAAAGUCGUGCAGGGGCAGCUCUUAAUUCUAAUGGCUACGGUAGUGACGGGCAUGGGUAUGGGUUAAUGCAG